UGGGAAAAUAUUUUUGUGGAUGCUGGUAUUUUAUUUUGAUGAAAAGAAAUUUUGCUGUCACAUUGAUGUGGGGAGAUAGGAAGCCUGUCUCUUUAGCACUUUAACGAAUUCGGAGAAUAAGAUGAUACACGCUGGAUUUCGUUCUUGUAUACCUGUGUUGAUUGGAAUAUGUCUCGGGUUUACAUUGAAUGUGAUGAUAGCCCCCCUCCUUGACGAAACCUGUGACCCCUCGAACAUUGACCGAAAACAGCUCAUCAAGCUUAGGGAGACCAAGUCACUUCGUGAAUCGGAGAAAACCAGCAAAACCAUAAAACCAGCCAUCAAACCUAAGAAUUAUGAUGUACCCCCACCCCCUAAGCUUGAGAACAAUCCACAUAAAAAGCCAGUUCGACCAAGAUUUGUGGCCACGGAACUGGGAAUUCGUGAGAAACUGUUUGUAGCAGUACUUACGAGUCAAGAUACAGUGAACUCAUUUGCGCUGGCUGUUAAUAAAACUACAGCGCAUUACGUAACUAAACAAAUGUAUUUCAGCACUUCCAAGUCGGGGAAUAUCCCUGCUGGAAUGCCCGUUGUCAGUUUUACAGAUAAAAACAAGCACUAUUUACCAUUGCAUGUGUUGAAGUACAUUUCAGAACAUUAUUCUCACAGCUAUGACUAUUACAUGUUUAUAACUGACAGAACCUAUAUUAGAGCGGAGAAAAUUGUUGAACUUGUUAGUCAUAUAAGUGUAAGCGAGGACAUAUUCAUGGGUGCUGCCGAUUUUCAUGGUGAAGAUGGGUCUGCUAUGUGCUCCUUGGAAGGAGGAAUCAUUAUUUCACAAUCAGUCCUACAGAAGGUCCUUGGUAAUUUAGACUGGUGUCUCGUCAGCGCCCCAGAUUCCAAUCCCAGCCGAGUGUUGAAUCAUUGUGUUUACCAUUCCACAAAGACGUCCUGUACUCAACAUGGAGGGGAUAAAGAGUAUAGAUUUUAUAAAGUGGAUGACUUUGAUUAUGAUGAUGACAUCACAAAAUUGAGAGAAGAUUGGCGCUUCAAUUCCUCUUUCUCCAUUUAUCCCAUGCCAGAUGAUCUCUCCCAUUUCAAAGUGCACAGAUAUUUCUGCCAAUUGGAGUUGAAUUUGACAAGACAGGAGAUAAAUAAAGCCAAAGAAAACAUAAUUCAUCUGAGUCAUUAUACAGUGGAUGGCGUCAACUCACUAACAUGGCCUAUAGGUAGGUCAACUCAUUGACAUGGCCUAUAGGUAGGUCAACUCACUGA